UCGGCAAAAAUUGUAUGUGCCCCAAAACACUUGCACAACACUCUAUCAACUGUUCAUUCAGUUUCUCUAUACAUCGUUCAUUUGCUCAUUCGUUUUCGCUUAAGUAUUGAUUUAUCUCACUCUCAUCGAACUUCUUACGUAUUCUAUUCGCUGGCGUUUUUCAUCCAAUAUCAUUAUUAUAGCCACAAAAUCGUUUUUUCGUUCAAAUCGCCAUUCAAUAAAACGAAACUGUUUAUAUCGAUUAUUUUAUAUGCGAAAUAACCAACGGCUAUGUAGAUAUGUUUUGAAUAAAUGCGAAUUGAUGUGUAUGUAAUAUUUUGUAUGCUGCUCUUUAACUAUUGGCAAAAGACACAUGAGCAAAAACAUACAGGCAUACUGAGACAGAGAGUAAUUUGAAAUCGACAUAAAAAUAAAAUAAAAUAAAUCGAAAACCGUGCAACAUCAUCAACACCAAAAACCCAAAACGAAGUGCAAAAAGAAUUUCAAACGUAACGAAACGAAAAAUCGUCAUUUUUGCUUCACAACAGAUAUUUAAGAGAUAUAUGUAUAAUAAAUGCAAAGUGCAUUCUGCUUUUACUAUACAUACAUACGCGCGCGUACAUACACACACGCACACACGCUCACACAAAGGAAAAACUAUUGCGAUGCGUGUUAAAUGUUGUUCAUCUGUGUGUCGUUUGCAUCAGUUUUCAUUAUAAAUCGAAACUCAACGGCGAAUGUGAAAAUAAUUUAAUAAAUGCAUGUACUUAAAUGUGCAUUAGCGCAAGUAUUAAUUUGUAAUAUGCAUAUCUUGCAAUGAUAUGAUCGAGAGCAAAUUUGCAUUGGCUUACAGCAGUAACAAGCAUUAGCUAAAAGCAGAAGAAGAAGAAAAAACGAAGCAAAUCCAGCAUAUUACAAUCAUCCUACACACAAAACGGACACAACGACACAGACUAUAUGCAUAUCAAAAGCGUUUCGAACGAGAAAACAGAAGCAAUUAUAACUUAGUUAUUUUUUUCUUGUUUGAUUUCACCGUAGAACGAAUGCCAAACAACCACACAUUCGAUAAACUACUUUGAUGAAAAAAAAAAUAAAUAAAUCUUUAAGGGAGCCUAUCGACAAGGAGAACAACGAAAUAAAACGAAAAAAUUAAUUAAUAAACGUGACAAAUAAUUAAAUGAAGUGUGCGCGUUCGUUCUGCACACAUUUACACACGCGUGCAUUCAAACUAUAAUUUUCAUUUCCAUUCCUUGUUUUCAUGCUAUGAAAAAAGAAUUCAUUUUUGGCAUCAAAUAAAUAAAUAUUAUAAGGCGGUCUCAUCGACUUCAAAUUUAUCACUCGAUUAUACGCCUAUUCCACUGAAUUUUAUUAUAAAAGCUCCAAACGGAAAAACGAACGAAAACAAAAAAAAAAUAAAACAUGUCUACAUCACCAGAUACAGUAUCUGCACAUCAGCAACAACAAAUCAUUCAGUCUGCUGGCGGUGAAGAUUUAAGAUCUUCAGCGUCACCGUCACCGCGUCAAAUUCAUCCAGCAUCAAAUAGUCCACGUCCAGAACUAACUACAAUGACCAAUGUAAAUGUUUUAGAUUUACAAAUGAAUUCACAACCACCGACAUUACAACAGCCAUCCGGCUUAUCGCGCGAAUCAGACGAUGACACGAAAAAAAAUUCGCGCACCGAAAACUAUGAUGAAAAUGAGUCAAUACAAUGCAGCUACAGUAAUCAGCAACAAGGAUUCAUACCGAAAUUAGAAUUUACGGAUGAGCAAAUUUUAAGAUUGAUCGGAGCAACUGGUGAUCAACAAAUUAUCAGUCGUGAAUAUAUAAACGGCGAACACCAUAUAUUAACUCGCAACGAAAAUGGUGAACAUAUCAUAACACGCAUUGUAACGCAAACAACGACCGAAGAAUCAUCGCAUGCUCAAGAGUCACAAUCGUCACAAAGUGAAACACCACAAACUGCGCAAAAAUUAAUCGAAACCGAUAUUGAGCAUCAACAAACCGAUGGUGGUGCUACCGAAAUUGUUUAUACUCCAAGUGCCAAUCCGAUUGCAACGUCUGUAUUGCAAUACACUGAUACCAGUAAUAAAUUGUCAUCGGCUGUACCAGUCGAUGCAACAACAACAAAUGUUCUCAUUUCGUCGGCCAAUUCGCCGGUCAUUGACGGAACAAUUGAUGAAAAUAAAGGAAAAGGUGGCCAUAUUAUUUAUACGCAUGGUGAUAAAACCUAUGUGGAAACGGUAAAAGAUAAUCACAUUUAUGAUAAUGGAAAAGUGCCAAUUUAUGCAACGGCUGCAGCUGAUGAUGCCAAACAACAGCCGUUGGAUUUGAUUUAUGAAGAUGGUGGAAAAACGGUCAUUUAUACAACAAGCGCUGAUCCGAAAAGUCUUGAAUUGUAUGCGGGAAAUGAAUUGAAUUUAUUAGAAGGACCACAUCAAGUCAUUGUACAGGGGCCAAAUGUAUAUGUUGUUGCUGCUCAACCGUCACUGGACACUGAAAUAGCCACCGUAUCCCAGCAAAAUCAUUCACAACAACAACAAAGGCGACGUGCCAAUUCAAAUCCCGAUUCACCGAUCGAAGCAAAUAAUUCAGAGAAUAUACAUCAUGUGCCAUCACAAAAUACACAAGCCGGUUACCUACCAACGAGAUUUUUCGAACAUCCAUUGACUGCUGCUACAUCAGCCAUGCUUAAUAUAUCGGGUGCUAAUAAUAGUUCGAAUAACGAAGAUGAAUCAGGUGCAACAACAGCAGUCACAACGGCCACAACAAACGUAAGCAUCGGCCCAUUGGGUACACCGCAUCAAGUCCAUCAGGUUCAUAAUCCAAAUGGUAGCACAUCGUUUGUAUAUGAAUAUUACAAAGUUCCGGAUAAAGAUAAUAUUCAAUGGGCUGCCCCUACCGCAAAGAUAAAUGGACAAACCACGCCUUUGGAUGUAACUGGCCUAUCGCAAAAUGAAAUACAAGCACUAUUGCUCGGAUCACACCCAUCAACACAAAACGUUAACGUGAAACGAGAGCCCGAAGACUUACGUAAAAUAGAUCCGAAAUGUUCGCGCAAUCAAAAGGUUCUCGUCGUUCAAUCGCCGUCGCCAUCAUUACAAAUUAAGGAACCACCACUGAGCCCUGGUAGCCCAGCAUCUGAAACAAUGUACACAACAACAGGUGGAGCGACACAGAUCUAUAUGCAGGGUCCACCACAUCAAACUAGUUCUACUACAACGUCUGGUUCAAAUGUAAACACAAAUACUCCAAGUCCAGGUCCAUAUUCUGAUCAAUAUGGAAUGUACACAACACGUUUGCCUGCGGGUGGAUCAACAUUCAUUUCAGAACCAUACUAUCGCGAAUAUUUUUCUGGCGGCGAUACUGGCGCUCAAGGUUAUACACCAUCACGUACAAUCUAUGGCGAUACAGCUGAAGGACCAUCACAAAGUGCAUACGAAGGGCGCUACACAACACAUGCAAAAAGUACACUUGUCUAUACAAAAACCGUCACCGCAGCCGGUUUAACUGUGGAUUUGCCAAGUCCUGAUUCUGGUAUUGGAGCUGAUGCUAUAACACCACGCGAUCAAAACAACAUUCAACAGUUAUCGGCACAGCAAUCGUUCGAUUACACCGAAUUAUGUCAACCAGCGACCAUCUUGGAUAGCAAUGCCAUUCCUGUUUCCGUGAACGCAAUGCAACGAGUUGGUUUGCAUACAAAUUCAAGCAGCACAAACACGUCAAUUAGCAGUCAACCGUCCACACGUUCACGGCCAUGGCAUGAUUUUGGCCGACAGAAUGAUGCUGAUAAAAUUCAAAUACCAAAAAUAUUCUCAAACGUAGGCUUUCGCUAUCAUCUCGAGAGUCCAAUCAGUUCAUCACAACGACGUGAAGAUGAUCGUAUCACCUAUAUAAACAAAGGACAAUUUUAUGGCAUUACAUUAGAAUACAUUCCCGAUCCAGAUCAUCCAUUAAAGAAUCAAACAGUAAAGAGUGUUAUUAUGCUGAUGUUCCGCGAAGAGAAGAGUCCCGAAGAUGAAAUCAAAGCAUGGCAAUUUUGGCACAGCAGGCAACAUUCAGUCAAACAGAGAAUAUUAGAUGCAGAUACAAAGAAUUCUGUCGGUUUGGUGGGAUGCAUCGAAGAAGUAUCACACAAUGCAAUCGCUGUUUACUGGAAUCCACUCGAAAGUUCUGCCAAGAUAAACAUAGCCGUACAAUGUUUGAGCACAGACUUUAGCAGUCAGAAAGGCGUAAAGGGUUUACCAUUGCACAUUCAAAUCGACACAUUUGAAGACCACAGAGAUGCACAAAUCUUCCAUCGGGGCUACUGUCAAAUCAAAGUAUUUUGUGAUAAGGGUGCCGAACGUAAAACACGUGACGAAGAACGACGUGCAUCUAAACGCAAAAUGACCGCAACCGGUCGUAAGAAGCUGGACGAAUUGUAUCAUCCUGUCACCGAUCGAUCCGAAUUUUAUGCGAUGCAAGAUUUGGCCAAGCCACCUGUAUUGUUCACACCAUCCGAAGAUAUUGAAAAAUUGUCCGGCAUGGAUUUGCAAAGUUUUUAUGCGCACGAAGGUGAAAUGAAUGGCAGCGAUGUGAAAGGAACAUCACCAUUCUUACUGCAUGCAUCACAAAAACCGACGACGCCAACACUUAAAUUCCACAAUCACUUCCCACCGGAUGUGCCGACUACGGAGAAAAAGGAUCACAUUCUUGAUCAAUCAAUGGUUCAAAGUGUUAAUGAAUUUGGCCAGCCAGUAAUCAAAAGACAACGAAUGACACCGCCAUUGAAUGAACGUGUUAUGCUAUAUGUACGACAAGAUAAUGAAGAUGUGUACACACCAUUGCAUGUCGUACCGCCAACAACAAUUGGACUCUUGAAUGCGAUCGAAAAUAAAUACAAAAUAUCGACAUCGAGUAUUAAUAACAUUUACCGUACAAAUAGAAAAGGGAUUACUGCGAAAAUUGAUGACGAUAUGCUGUCGUACUAUUGCAAUGAGGACAUCUUUUUAUUAGAGGUUCGACAAUUGGAAGAAGAUCUAUUCGAUAUCACACUUACUGAACUACCCGAUCAUUCAGUUUCAAAAUAAACGACAACUCUCGCACGUUUGGAUCCAAUCGCCGAAUGGGAGCCACUGUUACAUAUGCUUAAUAUAUAAAUAUUCUUGCCACAUCAUUUUCUCGUGUUAAGCUGUCAACAGAUCUGACUAUUCAAUUGUACAUUCUACAUAAUCUCUGUGUCACUAAUCCAAUGAUCGACAUCGAGAAACUGAGUGAAACGGUCUGCUGCCACCGCACAAUUCAUCGCUCAUAUACACACAAUAUCCGAUUUUCUAUCUGGAAGCAUAACUAGAAAAACACUCGAUAAUGGGAAACUGCGACUCUAUCAUAUAUACAUACACAUAACUCUUAUUUUUUAUAAUUUGAUUUGCGUGUUUCUUAUUAGUAACUAGAUGGAUUUAGGUUAGAUUUAGUAUUGAAAUUAUGUCUUUUAAUAUUAUUAUUAUAUAGAAUUUCUUUUUUUUUACACAAAUACAGAUGAUUUUUUAGAUAAAGUAUUCUCUCGUAUCAAACGAGUAUAGACAAAUUGAUAUUAUGCCUAAACAUGACAAUUUAUAUAAAUUGAUGAUGAUUAACUAUAAAAGGCAUUUGAAUACAAAGACAAAUAGUCAAAUGCUUGAGGAAUAUAUAUUCAAAAAAAUUGCGGUUUAUAGCUCAAAUAGCUAACGGGAAUGGCAAUGUGUGUAGCACCGUUAAACUAUAAAAUCGUUUUGAUAAUUCAGUAUAUUUGAAUUAUGUGUGACAGCAUAUGACCGUUGCCAAUGAAGUUAGUCGAUUUUUGAUUAGAUUUUAUGUAAGCAUUUCAAUUAAGUAAAAUGUCACAAAUAUGAGAAACAAACUACAAUAUAAAAUGUACUAUAAAUGUAGCCGAUUUUUAUUUUCUAUACCAACGAAUAGUAGAUGAAUGAGAAAAAAAACAUGAGUCCAUAGACCGAUGUUGACGAUGAAUACAUAUUCCGUCUUCAUUCGCAUUGAAUGUAUUGAUUCGAAUGAAAAAAAAUCCUUACUUCUAUUUUUGCCCUAUUUACUGUACAAGCUAAGGUGUUUUUUAAUAUUAUUAUUAUUAUUAUUAUGAAAUGAGAACAAAAAAUAUACUUCUUCAUCAUUUUUAGAUCAUAUUAAGUCGUUAAUUAGUUUAGAUAUUGAGAAUUUAUAAAAUUCAUAUUAAGAGAUAACAACGAUUCAAAUGGACGCUAUUGGGGUCAUGCAUUUCAAUGGAAUUAAAUUUUAAACGUUUGUUUUUUCACUUACACGUUUGUUUAUUGCAUUCCAAAUAUUUCGAUGUUCGUUUUUUCUCUCUCUAUCCCUCAGAGAGAAAGAGAGAGAGUCUCUCUAUCCUUUAAUUUUUAUCAAUUUAUUAUGUCUCUAAAUUAUAUGGUCGUAGAUAGUGUUGUCAAAAUUGUUUUUAAAUUUCAUCAAAAUUUAAUUGUAUAAGCUGUUUUUAAAGUAGGAAUAAAUCGUUAAAAAAGAAUUCAUAAGUCUAUUGAUGCUUGCGAGGAGAGGGAUCCAUUGGAUCUCAUGAUGAUUAAAGUCGAUUAAGUAAAUCAAACCCAUAAUCAACACCGAGAUCAUAUGUGAGAGAAAUUAAAUAUCUGCGCACUUUCUAUCUCUCUCUUUCGAAUUCAUCUAUGGCCUGUGAAUUUUCUAUUUUAAACAGAAAAAAACGAAGUCAACUUCAGUCUUAUGGAUUGUUUCUUAAUUAUCUUAGUCCAUUUUAUACGAUUUUCUUUUAAAGAAUCAUGCUUAGCGUUUUUAAAACAGAAUAAAAAAAAUACAUAUGCAUAUAUUUUACUAGAAUUUGAUAACACAGUUUUAUCUUGCCAGCUAAUGAUUGAAUGAGCGCAUUUUAAUUUGCAUAAUAAAUCCCAAGUAUUUAGGACAACUAUCGAAUGCAAAUGCAUAGAGAACAAUAAGGUUCUAGGUUUUAAAAAAGAUCUCAAAGAGAAAAAACUUUCAAUGGCACAUCUGGAAUUCUUGCUCAAUUUGCCGCAACACAAAAACAUUGAACUAUUUUUUUUCUUUUUUUUUUUCAAAUAUAAAAACAUAUUCAAGACUAAGAAGAAUGUGAAAAGAAAUAAGUGCCUCCAAAACAUAACCCCCAAUAUGAACACAAGUGACAAAAGCGCAUAUACAUUUAAUUUCAAGCAAUUGAAUAGAUUUGUGGCGAGAUAUUUUACAAAAUGAAUGUUCAAUCGAUAGUCAUAUUAUAUUUUUGCUCGUUUUCUUAACCAGUUACAAAUGACUAUUUAAUUUUCUUUAUAGCUGAAAUCGAUGAACAACAGUCAAAACAGACAAGCACAAAGCUAAUUGAACAAUUCCAAUUGCCAUAAUAAUUGCACGAUAAUAUUGAACAAACGAAAUACAGAAACUGUUUUUUUUAACAAGUAUAUCGUAUUUUAUAGAAAUUAGUUAAGCUAAUGAUAGAAUUUUUUUUGCAUGAUUGAUAUUUAAGUGUACCUGAAAUGACAAAACAAAAUGAGUUUUCUUAAAAAAAAAAACAAAUCUAUCAGUCCGAAUAAAUGGAUGGCGACAACAAAUAACUAAAUUCUAAAUUAAUCCAUGAUACAAAUUCUAAAGAAAAUUUUCAGUGCGAUUUUGACUUUUUUGUUCUUUUUUUACGAACAUAAAUCUCAUUUCGAUCAAUGAUUAAAAAGAUAAAAAAAAAACACUAACAAAAAAUCGAGAAAAUACAAAAAUGAGAUAGGAAAUAUUUAGCGCAUCAUAAAUAAGGUACAAUUAAAUUUUAUCGCCUACUUUCUUUUUUUUGUCGAUUAAGUAAAGCCAUAUUUGAAUUCAGGAUAUUUUUUAGAUGAACGAAAAACGUAUAUAUACAAAACAUUUGUCGAUAAAUCGAACGGCAGUACACAGCAAGUUUAUGGUGGUAGACUUUAAGUUGAGAUUUCUUAAUUUAUAAGAAUUUCGUUUAAAAUUGAUGGACUACUGUUUUCGUGAAUUUUUUUUUUGAUAGAUAACGGUUUGAUUGAAUGAAUGUGGAUGAAAUAGAAAAUGCACGAAUUAGUCGAAGAAAACAACAACAACACUUUUCGAGAAAACAAAUACUGAAUACUAUUACAAGUAAAUAUAAGUUUUAGAUCGUUAGCUAAGCGAAUUAUUUUACAGAGUAACAAAAGAAGAAGAAAAAACAAUACGAAAAAAAAAACAGCAUGCACGAAAAAGUGUCACUAGCAGUCGUGCAUCAGGCAUCUUCGUAUCGAAUGUUUAUUGGUUUGUUUGAAAAACAAACGUUCUAUUUAAAAAAAAUUUAUCGUCAAACGAUACAAGAUCCAUUCGGCAAUGAGAUUCAUGACUUCGUCUGUCUCGCGGUAAAGAUGAUGAUCACGACAAAGCACACGCACACACACACAUAUUCUCUGCUGUGAAAGAAAUGCAAUAUUAAUGUUUAUGAUUAAAUUAAUUGAUGUUUUACGUCAUGAUACGUACACGUAGUUAGUAUAAAAGCUAAUUACAUAUAUAAGUUUUACUCUCUUUAUUAUUCAUACACGCAUGUUGUUCAUUUUAUACUCUAUUAUCUCGUUAAAUCUAACUUACGAAACAGAUUAAAAACAAACAAAAAACACAGAAAGAGAGUUUAUUCGAUGAAUUCAGUUUCGAAUAGCAAUUUAUAAAUAUUCUUCGGUUUUAAUAUCCGUUUUUAUGUAACCAUUGACACAUUCUACUAGAAACGAAUCUUUUCUCCCUACUUUUCUUUCCUUCUGUUUUGCGAAUGAAAAAUUCUUUUUGUUUUGUUUCUCUUAGCUUGAAAUCACGCACAUAAAUCAUAUUUUAUUUGUAGUUUUCAUUUUUGUUAAAAUAUUGCAAAUAGUUAAAUGGUCCACCAUGGGACCCGUCUAAGAUUUCGUUGGUGAUGGUUAAUUUUAAUGGAACAACAAAAAAAAAAUGAAUAGCAAGCAUCAACAUGCGCACCCAUUUUGAUUCAAAUAUAUCUUUAACUUUUUUUUUAUCACAAUCAAAAAUUGAACUCUUUUUACUUUGAAAUUUAAUGGCAAAAUUUCUUUUAUACUCUAUUUGAAAAUUGAUCAAAUAAAAAACAAAAUCGACGGGAAAAUUCGCACGGACUCAUAUAAUUUAGACAAAAGAAUAUUGUUCCACAACAAAAUGAGUACAAAACUCGAUGUGAACAUACGAAAUUAUAGUAAAAAAGAAUUGUUCUGUCUAAGGAAGUCUAAGUAAACCUUUUGGAAUAUAAUUGUGUUUUAAGAAAUAAAGAAUAAAAAAUUAAA